CGACAACGGGGCUUGGAGCUGGCAGCACGUCCAAGCAAGGAAACGCCAAACUGAUGAGUAACGGAUAUAUGUACUGCUGUCAAAAUGCCGCCACUGGGAAAGAUGUCCGAGUUCGACCCGAAAACGCAAAACUUCGAGUCGUACUUAGAGCGUUUUGAACAUUUCUUAACGGCUAAUGAUAUCGUCGACGCAAAGCGCCUUCCCGUCUUUUUGACAGUCAUAGGACCAGAGGCUUACGAAGUACGGAAAAGUCUUGUUGUGCCGGCAGCCCCGGGAGAAAAGUCGUACGCAGAAGUUAAACGCCUCCUGAAGGAGCACUACAGCCCCAGGAGUUCCGUAAUAGCAGAACGAUGCAAGUUCAACCGGCGCGUACAACAGGAGGGCGAAAGCGUGGAGGGGUUCAUCGUGGAACUGAAACAUUUAGUCAGGAAGUGUGACUACGGUGACUUUUUGCAAGACGCCCUCCGAGAUAGGCUGGUUGCUGGCAUACGGAACGAAGAGACCCAGCGUGCUCUGUUUGCUGAACGAGAGCUGACAUUUGAUGGCGCUUGCAAAAUCGCCCUGGAUAGAGAACUAGCGGCGCUAGACACUGAACAACUACGGUCAAGAGAACGAGAGGCACCCGUGCUAGUCGUGAAAAGCCGACCACACCAAGCACGCAUGGUCUACACCAACAACUCUGAUAAGCUGUCAACUUCAGUCAUGGUGGUCAGCUACAACAGGUAA